AUGCCUUAUCAAUUUCCAAUGAUGGUUCCACUAUUUGAAAUGUUCCCAGGUCAAUACCAGGAAAUGAUGAUGGACCAUAUGAUGCAGGGAGGACGAUUCCGUCCACCAUAUCACGGAUACAGCGACUUCGGAAGCACAAGACCUGAACAUUCUUAUCGACCGGCUAAUGCAUCGUCGUGCUCGGAUAAUGUAAGCACUGAAUUCCAUCCACAAAAGGAUGGACAGUCAACGAGUUCCGCUGGAAAUAGCUACAACUCGAUGAAUAUGCUCGUUUCCAUGAUCCGACCAGAACCGCUCACUGACGUAAAAGGGUUCAAUAAGUGGAUGAAGAAGUUCGCCUUUUAUCUUGAAAGAAUAAACUGCAAGGACAUUAUUCCGAAUUCAUUCGGUGAAACUAAAAGGCAACCAACGAUGGCAGAAUCGUGGCACAUUGAACAUGUUUUCAACGAUUGCGUUAGCCCAGAGAACUAUCCACCCUGGAUAAAAGUAGCCCAGGAUGAAGGAUUUUCAAUGUCGGAAAUCAUUUCAAUAGCGUUCGAAAAGAUCACCUAUGAGGACAACUUUGAUGCGAUGAAAAGACUAAUGAGUUUCACAUACGAUGGAAAAUAUCAACCCAAGGUGUACAUUAACAAGGUAAAGACGGCCAUCGCCGAAUGGGAAGAAGAUGGCAACACCCUUGUUCCAAAGACCAAGGCCCAAUUACUGAGCCAAGGCCUUAGAGGUGACUUCAUGUCGAUCCACUCACAGUUAUGUGUUGGCAAGAUUGAACCGAACAUAAACGCCGUCGAGAAGGAAAUCUUGUCAUUUUAUAAUAGAAGACUGGAAUACAAUACAACAAACACCAAGGCUGUUAAAUGUUCCAUUUGUCACAAAAAUGAUCGUAUGGCGAAGUACUGUGAUAAUAGAACUGAGCAAAUUAGAGAUGAGCUCAGAUCAGGCAAAACCAGUAAAAUACAAAGAAAAAGGAGAUAG